AUUAAAAUGAAGAGCCAGCUUAACAAACAAAGUGCCAUGCUCACAUUAAGCUUUAAAUGUAAUUAUUGCACUUUUGGCAAGAGCAGAGCUACAUUUCUAAAGAAUAUUAACAAGGUGAUAGAUGAUAGCCUUAUAUUAACUAAUCCAUAUAUAGUAACUUUUACAGUAAAGUAACAAGAAGUGAAUAUGCCUUGUAUCUGUAUCUAUAGAUACUUACGCCCGAUUUGAUGAGCCUGAUAGAUAGUAUCUCAAGUUGACUACUGUUUCCUAUUAAAUUGUAAAGAACUGUGAGGUUUGAGUACUUUCCCAGCUAAUCUUGGCCCGAAAAUCAUCCAACAGCUGUUCGCUCCACUGUGCGUCUGUCUGUCUGCCCAUUAAAUGAACGAUAAAACUUGCCGAAUAUAUAUACCCAUCUAUGUGAUAUGGUGGCCAGGGGCUAUGGGCACACGCAUGAGGAGAUAACGAUAUAAACGGCGGCGGAAGAGUCUCCGAAAAACAGUCGAGACUGGAGCGUCGCCGGGUUUACACGAUCCGAGAGCUUUGCAAGGCAGAAGAAGGAGGCACUGAAGUCCAUAUCCUAUACCGGAGCUAUCAUGUUGAAGGCGAUUAUCGUUUUUGCCACUAUCUUGGUGGCCGUGGCCAUGGCCAUGCAGCCACUGGAGGACAAUGAGCGGACCCAUCAUCUGAACCACAAGCGCCAGUUGUCCCAGCAGCACCACCACCACCAAACCAAACCCCAGGAGGUGAGUCAUUCGGCACACGAUAGCCUGAAACAUGGCGGCGCCCACGUUAAGGAGCAUCUAGCGCAUCACUCUGAGCGGAAGGCCAGGCAGAGCCACAAGGAGCCGGGCCACAAGAAGAGCCACCACCAGAAGGAGCACCGCCAGCAGCAGGACAACCACUCCCGCAAAUCCCGAUCGCAUUCCAAGGGCAGCAAGCAGCAUCACAAGCGGCACACGGCAUCGCGUCGCCACUAGGAUGAUGGGACAUGUGGCCAGGAUACAUUCUAUUUAAACUCUAGCCUAUGGAUUCCCUAUGCCAGGAUUCAAUUCCGAGUACAGUAAACACUCGUAUUUUUGCAUGUGUGGCGACGACAGUAAAGCCAAUCUAUUUAAAUGUUUACAAAUCCAAUGUGAAAUAUAAGCCAUGACCAAAUAAA